CAUAGUGACACUUCCUGUGGUAGCAAAAAGAGGUAGUGAGCAGCCCUGUGAGCCUGGCAGUGAGUGUGCCGUGCCGCUCCUCCCGCCAGGGACGCCCGCAGCCUGCUGGCCUGCACGGGGCCUGCCCACCGAGCCCCAUGCUCCCUGCCCGCACAGCCCCCUGCUGAGGCAUGCCUGGGAAAGCAAAGCACCUGGGCGUUCAAAGCGGCCACAUGGGCCUGGCUGUGUCAGAUGGAGAGUUAAACAGCUCCGGGGCCCGGGGCAGUAGCCACAGUGUGCACAGCCUGCCUGGUGCCCAGAGCGCAGACUACACUGCGCAGCUGCCUGUGGCCAGCUGGGCCGAGUCCUUCGAGACACUGCUGCAGGACCGGGUGGCCGUCACCUACUUCACCGAGUUCCUGAAGAAGGAGUUUAGUGCUGAGAACGUUUACUUCUGGCAGGCGUGUGAGCGAUUCCAGCAGAUCCCAGGCAGAAACACGCAGCAGCUGGCCCAGGAGGCCCGGCGGAUCUAUGACGAGUUCCUGUCCAGCCACGCGGUCAGCCCCGUUAACAUCGACCGGCAGGCCUGGAUCGGGGAGGAAAUGCUGGCCACGCCCACCCCCGACAUGUUCCGAGUCCAACAGCUCCAGAUCUUUAACCUGAUGAAGUUUGACAGCUACGCGCGCUUCGUGAAGUCCCCGCUGUUCCAGGCGUGUAUGAGGGCUGAGAAUGAGGGACAGCCGCUCCCCGACCUGCGGGCUCACUCCCGGAACAGCAGCCCCCCACCCGACCUCGGCAAGAAGGCGAAGCUGAAGCUGGGGAAGUCCCUGCCACUGGGGGUGGAGGUGGCCGGCAGCUGUGCUGGCAGGAGCCCCCAGAGGUCCUUCAGGAGAGGGGAGCGGAGAGAGCCCUCGUGGACAGAGGUGGAAGACGGCAAUGGGGGCUCGUCCCUGUGGCGUGAGUCCCAGGGCUCCCUGAAUUCCUCUGCGAGUCUGGACCUGGGCUUCCUCUCGUCGUCCUGCAGCAGCAGCAGCAUGGCCAGCAGCUCCCGGGCAGAGAGCCACAGGAAGAGCCUGGGAGGCACAGAGCCCGACCCACAGGCCAGGCCCAGCAAGUACUGCUGUGUGUACCUGCCGGACGGCACGGCCUCGCUGGCCUCGGUGCGGGCUGGCGUCUCCAUCCGCGACAUGCUGGCAGGCCUCUGUGAGAAGCGCGGCUUCAGCCUCCCUGACAUCAAGGUCUACCUGGUUGGCAAUGAACAGGCUCUGGUGCUGGACCAGGACAGUGUGGUUCUGAUGGACCAGGAGGUGAAGCUGGAGAACAGAGUCAGUUUCGAGUUGGAAAUUUCCCCCCUCAGUAAAACAGUGCGAAUCACUGCAAAGUCGACCAAGUGCCUGCGGGAGGCGCUGCAGCCUGUGCUGGGGAAGUACGGUGUGGAUGUGGAGCGGGCACUGCUGCGGCGGCAGGGGGAGCCGGGAGCCCUGGACCUGGAGAAGCUGGUCAGCACCGUGGCUGCGCAGAAGCUCAUCCUGGAAGCUGCGACAGAAGUGAAAGCGACUGGCGCUAGUGACACUGUUGUGGCUGCUUCCCCCCUUCGGUGCAAGGAGGGCGCCCCCACAGGCACAGAGGAGGAAGCAGACAUGCUGUCAGAGGUGCCCCCCUCCUUCACCAGGUCCAGGCCAGCAGCCCCGCGGGGCAUGAACCGGUGCACGUAUGACCUGGAAGGGCUGGUGGAGCUGCUGAACCGGGCCCAGAGCUGCAGGGCCAACGACCAGCGUGGGCUGCUCUCUAAAGAGGUCCUGGUCCUGCCCGACUUCCUGCAGCUGCCAGGGCAGGAUGCUGGCCCCAGCAAGAGCUCUGAGCGGCAGCAUGGCCCCUGCGAUGCCAGCCCCACACCAAAGGGGGCUGGUGCCCCUUGCCCCCUGGAUCCCGCACUGGCGCAGCCACCUGUCCACUCUGAACUGCACUGAGGCCCAUGCUGCACUUUCUUCAGAGCCAGCGUUGAGGAUGUCUGGCCCUGAUUUUGGGUCAGCUCCGGUGCCCUGGCCAAAUCCUGCGUCCUUAAACUGCCUCGGCAGUUUCAGGAAACUACAGUAUUCUCCACUUCCUGUCCUAAACUGUUGUGUAGUGUUGCUGUGAGUUGUUAAACAGCUGCCUCGUUCCACCCUAGAGGUAGCUGCAUCUCAGUGGCAAGUGAAGUGAGCCUGUAUAUAGUUUGUAUGUCAGUUAUUUGUAAAGCACUUUGGGAUGUAAGAUAUGCCUGAUUAACAA